CAUGAGGCGGCCCAACGUGCUCAUCACCGGCACGCCGGGAGUCGGGAAAACCACGCUGGGGAAGGAGCUGGCCUCCAGAGCUGGGCUGAGCUACGUCAACGUGGGGGACCUGGCCAAGGAAGGAGAGCUCUACGAGGGCUUCGACGAGGAGUACGGCUGCCCCAUCCUGGAUGAGGACAGGGUGGUGGAUGAGCUGGAGCCCCGGAUGAGCGAGGGAGGGGUGAUUGUGGACUACCACGGCUGUGACUUUUUCCCCGAGCGCUGGUUCCACAUCGUGUUCGUGCUGCGCACUGACAACUCCUGUCUGUACCAGCGGCUGGAGAGCAGGGGCUACACGGGCAAGAAGCUGCAGGACAACAUUCAGUGCGAGAUUUUUCAGACUCUGUAUGAGGAGGCUGUGCUGUCCUACAGAAAGGAAAUUGUACACCAGCUGCCCAGCAACACUCCAGAGGACCUGGAGAGAAAUUUGGAUCAGAUUAUGCAAUGGAUUGAGCAGUGGAUGAAGGACAACAACUGACUGCUGG